AUGAGUGGUCAUAUUUCCAUAUUUGCUAAUUUAAAAUGUCCAAUGAUUAUAAUCAUUGGAUCAUCUGUUAAACAAAUCUGUAGAGGUGAUGGGGGUGUACCAACACCAUUGGAUAUUAUGACAUCAUCCCGCUUGGGUACCUAA